AUGGCAUCUACCAACCAAUUUUUUGAUGCUUCUCUUUUGUAUUUAUCGACCCAAAACUUUGGCACCGAUUUUUCAUCAUCACGGUUCGGGGAAGAAUUUGCAAGAGCACUGAUAUUUGAUGACGAAUUUAUGCCACCGGUUACUUCGUUGCUAUCCAUUGUCAGUAAGAUUAAAGGGUCCAUGAAAAGUGCUCCCGGUUGGAAUGAAAAGUUAGCCUCGGAAAGCGAAGCUGUGAUCAAGGCCGAACGCGAACCCCAUCCAUCUUCGGUCGUACAUCUCCAACGGGAAUCCAUUUCCAUCUUGUCACAGGAAUACGACAAUGUGAAAGUGAAAUAUGAUAAUGAUGACGUG